ACCGUUCAUCGAGAAUAAUCUCGGAGUCGGUCCAGAUGAUAUGUUCUUGAGAGCCUUAGGAUGGCCGGUAAUAAAACAAAGAGAGGACUGGCGAGUGGUGGAGGAAUGCCAUCAAUCCAACUAUCCAAGUCUCAAGGGUUCUCCUCUCUCUCUCUCUCUCUCUCUGGUCGUAAGGGUCGUCUCCGCUCUCCAAGAUGACAGAACCACCUUUUGUAUCUAGGGAGAGGCUCAAGAAGCAUCAGCAAUACUUUCAGAACAUUCACAAACAUACUUACCUGAAAGGACGUUAUGAUAAAAUUACCUCGGUUGCUAUCCCCCUUACACCGGCGGCCUCUAGCAUAUUUCUCAUUGGUCGUGGCGUCUACAACAUGUCUCUGGGGAUAGGGAAGAAAGAAUGAUCUCUUCUCCAUCUUGUUGCGUGACAUGGGAUAAAGGUUGGGCUUUUAGUUUGUUUCUGGUAAUGUUGUCGACAAAGUAUAACUUGUUUGGACUUGUUUGCUUGUAUUUUUUUUUCUCGAAACCAGCAACAGUUUGAAUGAACGUUUCGAAUAAGAGUGAUGUUGGUGGGCUGUACUGCUACUUUACAAACUUAUUUCUGUCAAUAGUAGUGUUGUGAAACUUAUGUUGGGCCUUUUGUAUUA